AAAGCAUCAUAAACAUAAAGCAGAGCUAAAACAAGGAGCAGAAGAGGAGGAGGAAGAAGAAAUAAGCACAAGCCAAGCAAGAAGUAGCUAGCUUAGAGCUCGAGCUUCAAGACAGAGAAAAAGGAGUAGGAAGAAGAAUUUAAAAGCUGGGAAUGAAGGGAAAUGGAUCAGCAGCAGCAGAUCAGUUGGAGUUACCAGCUGGAUUUAGAUUUCAUCCAACAGAUGAUGAGUUGGUGAAUCAUUACUUGAUUAAGAAAUGUGGAGGCCAAUCAAUUUCUGUUCCUAUUAUUGCUGAGAUUGAUCUUUACAAGUAUGAUCCUUGGCAGCUUCCAGAAAUGGCACUGUACGGUGAAAAGGAAUGGUACUUCUUUUCUCCCAGGGAUAGAAAAUAUCCAAACGGUUCAAGGCCGAACCGGGCGGCUGGAACCGGGUAUUGGAAAGCAACCGGAGCAGAUAAACCCAUCGGCCGGCCCAAACCACUUGGCAUAAAAAAAGCUCUUGUAUUUUACGCCGGCAAAGCUCCCAGAGGAAUCAAAACCAAUUGGAUCAUGCACGAAUACCGCCUUGCUAAUGUUGAUAGGUCCGCUGGCAAGAAAAAUAACCUUAGGCUAGAUGAUUGGGUAUUGUGCAGAAUAUACAACAAGAAAGGAAGCAUAGAGAAGCAUUUUCCUGCAGAUAGAAAAUCAAUAGCAAAGUAUGCUGAAAUGGAAGAGCAAAAGCCCAACAUAAACGAAAUGUCUGGUUACAAGAAUGGAGGGUCAACAAUGGGAGCACCAACGAUGAUGAUGAUGAGUAAUAGCAAUGACUUGUUAAAUAUGGACACGUCUGAUUCAACCCCAAGGUUGCAUACAGACUCAAGUUGUUCGGAGCACGUGCUGUCACCUGAGCUCACUUGCGAGAAGGAGGUUCAGAGCCAGCCAAAAUCAUGGAAUGAUCAGCUAGAUAGUGUAUUUGAUUUCAACUUCAAUUACAUUGAAGAUGGCCUCCAAGACGACCCUUUUGCUUCACAAGUUCAGUUCCAGAUGGACCAGCUCUCACCUCUGCAGGACAUGUUCAUGUAUUUACAGAGGCCGCUUUGAUUUUUAAUCACCAGAAAAAGAAAAAAAAAAAGACUGCAUAUUAAUUUUAUAGGUAAAAAUAGCACACGUCGAUGUAUUCUUGCAUGUGGGCCCGGACAAUUUGCCUGGAGUCUUCAGAUGGAGGUGACAUUUGUGGGAGAUCAAAGGGAUGGAGUCGCAGAUUCUGACCUGGGAUGAAAGCUCGUGAGGGAACAUGGCUGGAUUAAUCAGCAUUAGUGAUGUUAAUAUGUCAUUGUAAUGAUUCUUGUAGGGAAUUCUUGUAGGAUUUUACAAGAAUUUAUUUCAUUAAUUUCAAAAAUUAGUGAAAUUCAAGAAAGUAGAAGGAAUUUAAGUGCUUAUGAUUGUUUAUAUUC